AUGAGUUUCAGAGGAGGUAAUAGAGGUGGCCGUGGCGGCUUCCGUGGCGGCUUUCGUGGUGGACGUACAGGCAGUGCUAGAUCAUUUCAACAAGGACCACCAGACACUGUUCUAGAAAUGGGAGCUUUUCUACAUCCAUGUGAGGGUGAUAUUGUUUGCCGUUCUAUCAACACUAAGAUUCCAUAUUUCAAUGCGCCAAUAUAUUUGGAAAACAAGACUCAAGUCGGUAAAGUUGACGAAAUAUUGGGUCCAUUAAACGAAGUAUUUUUCACUAUCAAGUGUGGUGACGGUGUCCAAGCAACCAGUUUUAAAGAAGGUGAUAAAUUCUACAUUGCCGCUGACAAACUAUUGCCUAUUGAAAGAUUUUUACCUAAGCCUAAGGUGGUAGGCCCACCAAAACCAAAAAACAAGAAGAAGAGAAGUGGUGCCCCAGGUGGCCGUGGUGGUGCUUCAAUGGGUCGCGGUGGUAGCAGAGGAGGUUUCAGAGGAGGCCGUGGUGGUAGUUCUUUCAGAGGAGGCCGUGGUGGCAGUUCUUUCAGAGGUGGAUCUCGUGGCGGAUCAUUUAGAGGAGGAUCUCGUGGCGGAUCUCGUGGUGGUUUCAGAGGAGGUAGAAGAUAA